CUUUCUUUUAUUAUCAACUUUUUCGCCAAAACAGAUGAUGUUUACCUAAAACACAUUUCUAAACAAUAGUACCACUUCAAUAUGAGAAUGGGUUCUCUAGAUGGAAUUGAUUUAUCCCAACUUAAAAAUCCUUCCGGCAUAUUUGAUCUGAUCGAACUGGUCGGCAAUGGAACAUACGGGCAAGUUUACAAGGGCCGACACGUGAAGACCGGACAAUUGGCAGCAAUCAAGAUUAUGAGUGUUACUUCGGAAGAAGAAGAAGAAAUAAAGUUGGAAAUUAAUGUCCUUAAAAAGUAUUCUCAUCACAGGAAUAUAGCGACUUAUUACGGAGCUUUCAUUAAACAUUCACCCGGCAAAGAUAGUCAGUUAUGGCUCGUGAUGGAAUAUUGCGGUGCUGGGUCCAUCACUGAUUUAGUCAAAGCUACUAAGACCAACAGUCUCAAAGAGGAAUGGAUAGCUUAUGUUUGUAGAGAAAUAUUGAGGGGAUUGAGUCAUUUGCAUUCGAACAAGGUUAUCCAUCGUGAUAUCAAAGGACAGAACGUGUUAUUGACUGAUAACGCAGAUGUUAAAUUAGUCGAUUUUGGAGUCUCAGCUCAGUUAGAUAGAACUGUUAGUCGUAGAAGCACGUUCAUUGGUACUCCAUAUUGGAUGUCACCGGAAGUCAUAGCAUGCGAUGAAAACCCUGAUGCUACAUAUGACACUAGAAGUGACAUAUGGUCGGUUGGGAUAACCUGCAUUGAAAUGGCCGAGUCAAAACCACCUUUAUGCGAGAUGCAUCCGAUGAGGGCUUUAUUCUUGAUACCAAGAAAUCCAUCACCUCGUUUAAAAUCACGGAAAUGGUCCAAAAAGUUUCUAAAUUUUGUUGACACUUGUUUGGCAAAAGAUUUUAGAAAUCGACCUUUUACCGAGGCCCUUUUAAAACAUCCCUUCAUUCGAGACUUGGCCAACGUUGAAAAACAGAUCAAAAUUCAGUUGAGAGAACAUAUAGAUAGAACCAGGAAAAGAAAAGAAGAGCAAAGGGAGACCGAAUACGAAUAUAGCGGGGGCGAAGAAAAUAGCGAGUUACCUCCUGUUAUCAUAGAACCAGUCAAGCCUAAUAAUCAUGUUAAUAACUUACACAACCAUUUUAUCGAGAAUAGGAAAAAGGCCAUUUUGGAAGUGGACGAACCAGGGGAAGAACUCGCCGACGAGUACGAAGACCUGACUCCUUUAAUAAAAGCAGGUGCUAGGUCAGGUGUUUUGAACAUGGGUAGGUCAGGACCUUUCAAAAAAUCAAGGUCGGAUUUGGCAGAAAAAUAUUACGAUAAGAAAAACGACAAACCCAAAUGCCACCCAGUUCCCCAACAACAAAUGGUCCCAUUAGCUCCUCAUCAAAAGGUUAAUUUAGUCCCUUCCCCUCAUCGGCACCUUCCCAGUCACAAGCUCUUGCUCUCGGAUUCUCUCUACGAUUCUACCAAUAACAUCCUUAAUAACAUCAACAAUCUCCAUUUCAACCAAAAAGUCAACCCUAAUCAUGAACCUGUAAAAAGCUCUCAACCUACUGCUAGCGCCAAAAAUCAAUUGCAACGUUUAAAUAAUGGAAAAGUUGUCCCAAACAAUGUUCAUAGGGCUUUAUCCAAACCUGGUAAUAACUUAAAUAUUAACCAUAUUCCGGCCCGAAACGUUGGAGCCAGCCAACUUAUAGCUGUUAACAAUACCCCAUUACACGCUCAAAAAAAUAACGUAAACAAUUUAAUUCGUAAUUCUCUUGUGGAUGCAAACAUGCCAAACGAUUUUAUACUGAAGGCCGAUAUUAAAUCGAAUGGAAAAUUUUUUAUCAAUCAACCGUCAUCUGUUAUUCAUUCUAAAUCGGAGGAUUUGGACAGGCUAGCCGCCCACCUGAGCCGUUUGGGUAGUAUAAGCACGGCUCAGCUAGUAUCCGAAAACAACGCUUUUUCUGUCCGGACUUCCGUCUUCAAUAAUAAUAAUAACGUCAAAACAUCGAAACAACAAACAUUCGAUAACGUGCCUACCAUCAAUAACGAAGAUUUCAAUACGCUUUCCAAACUAGAUAACGAGAAUCAUAAUAAAGUCAAUAAAAUUAAUAACAAUAAUAUCAAAGCCUUAUCACCGACCCGCUCGUGCUCGCCUAGCAGCUCGACCAUGUCAAAUUCUUCAUCAUCUUCCAAAUCUAGCCAUAGCUCUUCUUCUUCUAAUAAUUCUUCUAACCACUCUGACAAAAAUUCUUCCACGUGUUCCGAUUCCGCUUGCAGGGCUGACCUGCGCAGUUCAGAUGAAGACGCUUUAGACGAAGAAAAUAGCGAUCAAAAAGCCCUGAAAAUUAUUGAAAAGGCCAAUAUCGAUUAUCCUAAUAAUAAUAAUAAGACUCAUAAUGGUAAACACAAGAAAUCCGAUCAUAAAAAUAAGCAUCGCAGGAGACGUACAAAGACUAGUAAUAACAAUGAACUCAACGUGGAUGUCAAAGAUAGCGUUAAAAAUGUGAAAGACAGAAAAUCGGCUAAAGUUAAGGAAAAAAUUUUGGAAGAUAUCGGGGAAGGAGAAGAUUUGAUGGGCGAAGAAAUCGCAUCCGAACCGGGAACCGUAAAUGAUAAUCGUUUUGGAAAACCUGCUUCCAACAUAAUAGGAGCCCAAACCUCCUUUAUCGUGAGCAGCCCCUGCAGCCCUCCGAAUGACCAAGAUUAUGACGCCGAUUCCGAUACGCGCAUAUUGGACGCCAAAAAGCAUUUAGAUCGCAUUUUACAUUAUAAUAACAAUAAUAAUUCCAACAACAUUAUCUUCAAUGAUGGCCAAUUUAACGCCAAAACUCGUAGUAAUGAUACAAAAGACAUAUUAGUGGAAGACGAAGAAGAGGAGGACGAGUACGGAUUUAGGAUUAUUGGAGGAGCAAAGGAAUCGAAAGAUUUAGAUCCGCCUAUACCUCGCUUUUUCAUAACCUCAAUCUCGUCAACAUUGAGCAAAUUUUUGCCCCACAAAUUUUUACAAUCUCAAGCAAGUAAUGCCAAAUCACAAAUCCCUCCCGUACAAUCAUCUGCCCCUAUGCGUCCUAGUAAUGAAGGAACGCUUAUUAAUCGCAGCAAAAGAAACUCUUCUACGUCAAACCUUCAAAAUCUGAUUGCUUCUACUCCUUUACUUAACUUUACCCCUAAUUCAUCUAUCCCCAACGGCAUUUCAAGUCCUAACACUAGUUCUGUUUCUAUCACCAAACCCAAGAACGUUCCAUCAUCCUUUUUCAACCAACAAAAACGACAAAAAUCUUUCAUUUCAUUCGGAUUCGGUCUUCACAAUAACAAUAACCAACAAACAAAUUGUGGUAACGGUAAUCUUGCAAACGGAAAUAAAAAAUGCUUUAAUACGCCAUUUUCUGCUAUCCAGGGAUCUAAGAGAUACUCCCGGGUAAAUGUUAAUGUCUCACCCAAUCCCAACCACGAUUGUAAUAAUCACGAUGAUACGGACCCUUCUUCACCCCCUCAACAAAUUCACAAUGCAUCAUCCAAUAUAUCCCACAACCGUAACACUGGUAAAGAGAAAUUGAACACCGGGCCAGAAAUCCGAAAAUAUAAAAAGAGAUUUGCCUCUGAUGUUCUGUGCGCCGCUCUUUGGGGCGUCAAUUUGCUGAUAGGAACCGAUACUGGAUUGGUGCUACUCGAUAGGAGUGGGCAGGGCAAAGUUUAUCACUUGAUAUCGCGUCGGCGUAUGCAACAAAUAGAAGUUUUGGAGGGUCAAAAUAUUUUAAUCACAUUAUCAGGAAAGAAGAACAGAAUCCGUGUUUAUUAUUUAUCUUGGUUGAGAGGGAAGAUAUUGCGAACUGAAGGGGUGGAAAAGAAAAAUGGUUGGAUUAACGUGGGCGAAUUGCAAGCCGUUGUUCAUUUCAAAAUAGUAAAAUUCGAGCGGAUAAAAUUUAUGGUGCUGGCCUUAAAGAAUUGCGUGGAAAUAUACGCUUGGGCUCCCAAACCUUAUCACAAAUUUAUGGCUUUUAAAUCCUUCCCAGAUUUGGAACACAAACCACUCCUGGUCGAUUUAACCAUCGAAGACGAAUGCAAACUAAAAGUUAUAUAUGGUUCGGACCGCGGCUUUCACCUGAUUGACGUGGAUACAUGCAAAACAUUCGACAUUUAUAUCCCUAAUUACGUGCCAUUUCCGCUCAUACCUCAUAUCAUAGUCAUCUUACCUAACAGUGACGGCAAGCAUUUACUGCUGUGUUACAAUAAUGAAGGUGUCUAUAUCGAUAUUAAUGGCAAGCUUACCAAAAAUAUAUCUCUGCAAUGGGGAGAAUUGCCAAGUUCGAUAGCUUACACCGGAUCUAGACAAAUUAUGGGUUGGGGCAAUAAGGCUAUCGAAAUUCGUGACGUUUAUACGGGCCAUCUAGAUGGCGUUUUUAUGCACAAAAAAUCUCAAAAAUUAAAAUUUUUAUGUGAACGGAAUGAUAAGGUAUUCUUCUCCUCGGCACGACCCAACGGUGGAUCGUCGCAGAUUUAUUUUAUGACUUUAAAUGUAAACGGUUUAUCCAAUUGGUAAAAGAAAAUGGGAAGUCUUAUUAUCGAAAAUAGUUACUCUUUUUGAGACUUAAAUAUAUUGUAUUUAAUAUUUAUUUUUUAUAAAAUCGCAUUUUAAAAUAUUGCAAACCCGAUUCAUUUAAAUAUUAUAUCCAUUAAUUAUGUGCUUCCUUCUUUUUAUAUAUCUAAACGUUAUUUUUAAAAAAAUAUUUUGUUACAUGGCCACGAUUAUAUUAUUUAUAUUUCAAUUACAAAUUUUUACCUGCCUAAAAAUGGCUGAGGACCAUUUGCAAACAUUUUUUUAUAAUUAUUAUCAGACGUUUUUUUAAGAUUACAAAAUAGUGUUGUUUACCACCCAAUCUUAUAUCAUAAAAUUUCAUACUCAAAAAAAAAUUAGGCUGGAAAACCAAUUUUAAAAAUAAGUUGUACCAAACCAAAUUUAUUGUAAAAUAUUAAUAUUUUUUUUUUAAAUUAAUGGUAAAGUAAAAUUAAUUUUUUAACCUUAUUAAAUUCAAAAAAACCUGCACUUUUUAUUUUUUACAACCCUACUCAAAAUGCAUUUAUUAAAAUUAUCAAUGUUUUUUAUUUUAAUUUUGAUUAUUUGAUACAAAAAACUCAUUUUAGAUCUAACAGAAUCUUCAGAAAUAAUACUUAACAAAUACCUUAAACAAUGUACCAUAUAUAAUCAUAGCAUAUAGGCACUAUUGUUCUGUUUAGGGAGAAAUGUUUUAUAGGUUUGUCUAAUUCUUAAUAUUCGCAGAAUAAAAAAAAUCAUGGUAUUUUAGCAAUUAUUUACUACUUUUGACUUACCUAAUAUUUAUUAUUUUCAAAACAAAUAAUAAACGCUUAAAUA